CACUCUAGUUAAAUCAUCACUACACCAGACAAAUUGUAAUUCAAAUAAAUUAAAAUGUAACCAAACACAUCAAUGUUACAAAAGUGUUUUAAGAAGAAGAAUUUCUCUUUUGAAAAAAGAUGGUGGUUAAAUAAGAGAUAUGCAAAAUUGAAGAAAGCUAAAACGUAAUUUCCACGUUGGUAGCAUCAAGAAUUAGAAAGUUACAUUUUCCUCCUUCUUUAAGAUGGUUGGUCAAAAGUCAAGAAGACUUUAAAAUUGAGCCAUUUUUGCCAUUGACCUUGUAAACUUCAUCAUUUUGUUUUGUUUUUGCAAUCACACAGGCCCACUCUUUUUGCUUGCGCUCAGCCCCUCGUAGGAAUCAAUCAAGUGGUAACUUGUUCCAAAAAAAAAAAAGAGAGAGAGAGAGAGAAAAAAUAGAAAAAGAAAGAAAGAAAGAGUAAAGUGGUAUGGUAACAGUUAAACGAACAAGUUGCAAAAAUAAAAAAAGGUGAAUUCAUGUGGAUGUGAGGAAUAGAGUAAAGUGAGAAUUAUUUUGAUUUGAUAAGAUGAUGAAUCUGGGCCAGCAUCUUCACGCCCCUUUCCCCAAAAUUAUCCCAUUGUUGGGGUUCGCAUCCUAAAUCUCCUAAAAGUUUCGCCUUUCUUCACCCCAUUAGCAGGAGAAUUAGAAAUUGGAAGAGAAAUCUUAACCCCACCAACUAAAACUUCCAAAUCCUCGACCAAAGUCUUCCCUCUUGCGCUUUAUACAUCACCAACAUCACCAUAUGCAUAUUUUCACCCAUACUCUUUUCCCAUUUCUUUAUAGUCUAAAUAAAUUGUUCUUUUCUUCCACCUCUAUUUUAAUGGGUUUGCUUCUGUCUCGAUCAUUGACAAGAUCUUGUCUAAGCAUUAAUUUAAUGUAAUGAAAGAGGCAAACCCUUGUAUCUUUAUGCUAGUUCGCCAAUUUGAAUUUGGUAUUAUCUGGGAGAUACGGAAGGAAUUACUGAGAUUCUCCUACUAAAAUGGUGCUUUGGAUCGGAGCAACCCCUUCGUCCUUAGCUGCGUAUUUUUAACUCUACGACCCAUCUGCUGCAAAAUGCUCACUAUAUUUUUGGGUUUCUGAUGUGGUUUCGGCUGGCAUUGCUUAAUGGAACUUAUUGUCACCAAAUGGGUAUCUGCCUUUCUUCUCUGCUGUUGCCUCAUCUCCUCCAAAGCAUAUUCAGUGGAGGGAAUCCAUGGGGAUGAUAAAGUCAGGGGAGUGAACUUAGGAGGUUGGUUGGUCAUUGAAGGUUGGAUUAAGCCCUCACUUUUUGAAGGCAUUCCCAAUGGAGACAUGCUAGAUGGAACUGAGGUUCAAUUCAGGUCUGUAACAUUGCAGAAGUUUGUUAGCGCUGAUAAUGGGGGAGGAUCAGGUGUUUCAGUCAGUAGAGAUGUUGCAUCUUCAUGGGAAACCUUCAGGUUAUGGAGAGUUUCUGCAUCAGAAUUUCAAUUUCGGACCUUCCAAGGGCAGUUUCUAACAUGUGAUGGGCAAGGAUGCUCUGCAACAGUACAAUCGCCGAGGAACUCGGAAACAUUUUUUGUUGAAAGAAAAGGCAAUAGAGUGCAUUUGAAACUUAAGAAUGGAGCCUAUCUACAGGCUAUGAUAACCAAUCAGCUGACAGCUGACUAUCCAGGGAAGCCAGGAUGGGAUGAUAAUGCUGCCACUUUUGAAAUGAUUCUUUCAAACAACCUCCAUGGAGAUUACCAACUUGCAAAUGGCUAUGGAAAGGAUGAGGCAAGUCGUGUUCUUCAGAGACAUAGAAACAAUUUCGUCACUAUAGACGACUUUAAGUUUUUGUACAGACAUGGAAUAAACACAGUGAGGAUUCCUGUUGGUUGGUGGAUUGCUUUUGAUCCCGAUCCUCCUGCACCGUUUAUUGGUGGAUCUUUGGAAGCGCUGGACAAUGCAUUCUCAUGGGCACAAGCCUAUAAUAUAAUGUGCAUAAUUGACCUUCAUGCUGCUCCUGGCUCUCAAAAUGGGAUGGAACAUAGCUCGAGUAAUGAUGGUACAACAGGAUGGGCCAAUUCUCCUGCUUACAUUUCUAAAACAUUGGAUGUAAUAGACUUCUUGGCUUCAAGGUAUGGAAAACAUCCAUCCUUGCUUGGAAUCGAACUCUUAAACGAACCAUCAGCAGCUUUAGUUCCAUUAGACACCUUGGUAUCAUAUUACAAACAAGGAUACGAUAUAGUCCGUAAAUACUCUUCAACAGCUUACGUAAUAAUUUGCCAAAGAAUUGGCAAUGCAGAUCCUAUGGAACUUUAUCAGGCUAACAUAGGAUCUCACAAUUUAGUGGUUGAUUUGCAUUACUACAAUCUCUUUGAUCCUUUUUUCGAUCACUUGAGCCCCUCGGAUAACAUAGAAGUCAUAUACAAGAGCAGGCAAACUCAACUACAGGCCUUAAAUGCCGCCAACGGUCCCCUAGUCUUUGUUGGAGAAUGGGUGAAUGAGUGGAAUGUGUCAAAUGGAUCUCAGGCUGAUUAUCAAAACUUUGGGAGGGCCCAGCUAGAGGUUUAUAAUGCAGCUUCUUUUGGAUGGACCUAUUGGACUCUAAAGAAUGACAGGAAGCACUGGGAUUUUGAAUGGAACAUCAAGAACAAUUAUCUUCAACUUGGUGGUUCCCCCAGCAUGAUUAUUUUCAACAGCUGCUUCUUGUUUGGAUUGGCAUGUGCCUGGUUCUCUCAUCUCCAGUUUCUGCUCUGAAAAACAAAUCACUGAGUUGUAGUUUCAGUUGCAGCCUUCAGGAUCUCCCAUCAUUGUUCAUCUCUUUUCUUUUUCCAGGAGGAAGAUUCAAGUUUUUUUUUUCCCUCUCUCAUGUUGAAACUGAUUGUCACAUUCGAUUCAAUCUUGUAACAGUGCCAUUCAUUUCUUCCAGAAAUUUUUCCUGAUAUAUAUAAAAAUGGGCCUUCUUCU